GCGCGAAGCCGCGCGGGGCCGCUCGCGGGAACCCGGCACAGUCGGGAGCCCGGCGGGUUACGCGGCCGGAUGAGGGAGGCGAUGGAGCCGGAGCCGGAGGUGCUGCUGCAAGAAGCCCGCGAGAACGUGGAGGCGGCGCAGAGCUACCGGCGGGAGCUGGGCCAGCGGCUGCAGGGGCUGCGGGAGGCGCAGAGGCAGGUCGGAGGGCCGCUGCGGGCCUUGGAGGGCGCGGGCCAUAGGUUGUAUUGGUUAAAAUGUGGCUGUUUUUUUACUUACAUAAUUUUCUUACCCUCUAUUCUAGGUGAGAUCGCCAUUCAAGGAGGUAUAGAAGAACAUAAUGAUAAAUUGUGGAAUUUUACCAAAAAGGCCUCACACAUUCAGUUGGACAGCUUACCAGAAGUGCCUUUGCUAGUUGAUGUACCCUGUUUAUCUGCUCAGUUGGAUGAUUCCAUUCUUAACAUAGUGAAAGACCACAUUUUUAAGCAUGGAACAGUAGCUUCCCGCCCACCAGUACAGAUUGAAGAAUUAAUAGAGAAACCUGGAGGCAUCAUAGUGCGAUGGUGUAAGGUGGACGAUGACUUUACAGCUCAAGAUUACAGGCUCCAGUUCCGUAAAUGUACUGCAAAUCAUUUUGAAGACGUGUAUGUAGGUUCUGAAACUGAAUUCAUAGUGUUGCACAUAGACCCCAAUGUUGAUUAUCAGUUCAGAGUCUGCGCCCGUGGAGACGGCCGGCAGGAGUGGAGUCCUUGGAGUGUUCCCCAGACAGGUCACUCCACACUGGUGCCUCAUGGUAUGCUCCUACCCUGUCACACCAGAUGCUCAGUGGGAUGUGGGAAAGCUUACUUCCUACCUUUCUACUUCAAUUAUAGAGUUGAAACUGUGGGGCAGCCAGACAGAAGAGACAGUAUAGGAGUGUGCGCAGAAAAGCAGAACGGCUAUGACUCUCUGCAGCGGGAUCAAGCUGUAUGCAUAAGCACAAAUGGUGCAGUUUUUGUCAAUGGAAAAGAAAUGACUAAUCAGUUGCCUGCAGUCACCUCUGGAUCCACUGUCACAUUUGACAUCGAAGCUGUGACUCUAGGAACUGCCAACAGCAGUGAAGGAGGCGGUGCCAAGCUCCGAGUAACCAUCAGCUCCAGUAACAGGGAGGUGGUGUUUGAUUGGCUGCUUGACCAGUCCUGCGGCUCUCUUUACUUCGGAUGUUCAUUUUUCUAUCCUGGAUGGAAAGUGCUGGUGUUUUAGCAUUUUGAGGGCUUGGCUUUGGUUUGAGGGUUUGCUGUUUCUGUCCUCAGCCUAGUUGUAUCUGACUUUAAAAAGGUGAAUUAUCUCUUGGACCACCGGAAAUGGAAAGUGUUGCUGGAUUUGCAUUGUAAUACUUCAGUAAGAGACCUGGUGUGGCGACACACACCUUAAUCCCAGCACUUGGGAGGCAGAAGCAGGUGAAUCCCACCUGGUCUACAGAACAAGUUCCAGGACAGCCAGGACUGUUACACAGAGAAACUAUACUUUGAGCCCCCCUCCCCCCCAAAAAAAAGUAGUAUUUCAGUAAGAAGUGAGCUGAAUGGCGUGGACAAAAUCAUAGUUCGAUUUUGUCUUUAGCAUAAAUAUCAAACUAGCUUUAAAGUCUGCGUUCUUUUCCACUGUUCUUAAAGUCGGUCGAUAGGACAGAAGAAUGUCACACCAUUAAAUCUUCAUCAAGAUCAGAGGCUGAGAAAACAGCAGGAAGGACAGCUAGAGCCCGGGACUCUAUAAUCCUUGUAGUCUUAUGUCGUUGCCCCUCCCACCCCUUAGGGCACUCACUGUUCCUCUGUUCAGCGUCUCUGGGUCUGUGAAGUUAGUGGACUCUGCAUUUUUACAGCACCUGAGCAAGUGUCUGCCGUAGCCAGUGUUAGCGUCCUCUGUCUUUCCUGACAGCAUGAGACAAGACACAGGACGGAGGGUCUGUAUUCCUCACAGUGAAGCCACUUAGGGAAGUACACAGCGCUGUUAGUCGGGUCACAUGUGCACAGCAUGCUCCCGUGUGCACCCUGCCGCAGCCAUGCACGUGGGACCAUGCAGAGUGUCACGGUCCAGUGUAAUAUCAGGUUGAGAAAUGGUCUUUUAACGGACUGAAGAAAUAGCGGGUAAAUACUUGACCUAUUUUUUUUUAAACUUAAAUUUGUGUAAAAUAUUUAUUUGACUGACUUAAUAUGUAAAAAAUUGUGGUCUUAACUUGUAAUACCAGCAUAAAGAUAAGUUUUAAUGUGAAUUUUUUUCUUUUUGUUUUUACCAGUAGUAAAAAAGUGGAAAAGCAAGUGUGAUGUUUUUGUAAGAUAAUUUAUUUGGGGCUUAUAUUCCCUUUCGACAAUCAUGGCCUUUCCUCCUUCCCUUGUUUUGUGUAAGUGUGUGCCUUUUCUCAUGUUAACCAUGGCCUUUCCUCCUUCCCUGUUUUGUGUAAGUGCCUUUUCUCAUGUUAAUAAGUUCUCAAGUGUAAGAUGCCUUUAUCCAGCCUUUCGAAACAAAAUAAAAAAAUCAGAAAUUAA